GGUGGGGCAGCAAGGCAGAGCGCAGAGCCUUAGAGUCGCGCAUCGCUGCAGCAGGAGGUUGGGUCUGGGAGAUCCUGCUGUUCUCUGGUGUCCCAGAGGCUGCCUACCCCUGCGUGGACACUCAUCUGUCCUCUCCUGGUCUUCAUGGCUUCUGCGGAUGACCCUCUGCGCUCAGAUCACAUGGCAAAGGAGCCAGUGGAGGAUACAGACCCCAGCACUUUAUCCUUUGCCAUGUCAGACAAGUAUCCUAUUCAAGACACAGGACUCCCUAAAGCCAAGGAGUGUGACGCCGUCACUUCCAACUGUCCACCAAAUUCUGAUGAUCAACAUCAGGGAGAAGAAAAGGACUUUCCAGACAGCACUGGAGAUCCCUUUUCAGGUGUCAGCAGAAACCAGGAUUGUAAGGAAGGCUGCUCUUGCUCCUCCUGCUCUCCCAGGGUCCCCACCAUCAGCGACUUGCUCAAUGAUCAGGACUUGCUAGAUGUGAUCAGGAUAAAGCUAGAUCCAUGUCACCCGACCGUGAAGAACUGGAGGAAUUUUGCCAGCAAAUGGGGCAUGCCCUAUGAUGAACUGUGCUUCCUGGAACAGAGGCCCCAGAGCCCUACGCUGGAGUUCUUAUUCCGAAACAGCCAGAGGACUGUGGGCCAACUGAUGGAGCUCUGCCGACUUUACCACAGGGCUGAUGUGGAGAAGGUCCUGCGCAGGUGGGUGGAUGAGGAGUGGCCCCACCGGGGACACUCGGACAGUUCCAUGCACUUCUAGAAUCCCCUUCUAGCACUGGCCUUUCUGCUUGCUGGACCAGUGUGGGUCACAGGGACUAUAUACCUGCUCUUAAGAUUUUCAGAAGAGGAUGAGGAAUGGGGCAGUGGUUGUCCCUGAAGCUAAUGGCUUUUGGAAGGAUGGGUUCUGUUUUGGUGGCAGGUAUUUGUUCCUUUUUGCACAUCUGUUCUAACUUAAUAUUUGAACCUGGAAUUGGGGAAGAAUAUUUUGUAAGUCACAUAGGGCCAAAGCCUAUGGUUGGGAUAGAAUCAUGCCAACAUGGAAAGAAAACAACCCUCUCCUUAAAUACUGUCAAAGAUUGCAGCGGGAUCCCAAACUACCAAUGUCUCUGGACAUGGCCUUGUCAUACCAUGUAGAACCUCCGCAUUCCCAGCCUCACAGAGGAUGGCGUGGAGAAGUCACCCUGGCCUGUUCACUGCUACUGUUUCUGUUGUAAAAGGCUUAGGAGAUCAAGAGGACACUGUAUGAUGUGGCCUGGAUACAAGGGCCAUCUUUUUUAUUCAAAUACUUUUAUAAUCUGUGAGUUAUCAAGACUGUCCUUGGAUUUAGUAUUUUUAAGAGAAAUAGAAAAUGUAUGGUUCGUAGAAGUACAGAGUGGGUUAGUGUCAUGGGAAUGGCAUUGACAAUUGUACUCAAUAUGCCCUUUGGGGGUCUGGGGAGAUGGCUCAGUGGGUAAAGUGCUCACCAUACAAGCACAAGGACCAGAGUUCAGCUUCCCUGAAGCCACAUAAAUGAGGGGAUGACGUAGCAGCCCUUCUGUAAUCCCAGCAUUUGAACAUCAGAGGUGGGGAUCCCCAAAGCAAGCUGGCUAGCUAGAUGAAUCGCAUGGGUGACCUCUGGGCUCAACUGAGACUCUUUCUCAGUGAAAAAUAUAGACAGCAAUUGAGGAAAAUUGUCAACAUCAAC